AAAAAACAUAUUAAGCCAAAAAGGGGACAAGGCCUAUUCACACCAGGAGACGGACGGCUCGGCGAAGGGUAGGCUAGAGAUCGGAAAGAUAGCAUUUGUCGUGUACAUUAUUACUUAACACAAACUCAACAACAGGCCCUAUAUGCCAUACACACGAACAUUACGUGCAAUGAACAAAGUCCAGAUGGUUGUAGAUUUUUGAAAGUGAUUUACUGACAACAUUAAUGGAAUGUAUGAAAACUAUCGCUCCUCAAGAAAUCUUGUGUUCACAAUACAGAUGAUAAACAAAUGAGAAAAAUACUUUGAAAUACUGUAUUAGACUAUAUUAACGGAACAUAUGAAAACUGUCACUCAUGAAAUCUUGUGUUCACAAUACGGAUAAUGAAAAAAUGUGAAAAAAUACUUUGAAAUAUUAAACUAUAUUAAUACAAAAUGGCAUUACAAGAAAAGGUUGAGGAAACGGACAGACAGGAGAUAAAGUACGAUUGUGAUCAUUGUGGAGAAAAAUUUGAUUUACUUACUUUGAAGACACAUUUGGGGAUUAAGACUGAGGAGCCUGUACAAUUUGAAUGUGAACAUUGUGGAAAAACAUUCAAAAAGCGUUGGUGGUUGAAAAGACAUUUGAGGGUACAUACAGGAGAGACACCAUAUGAAUGUGAACAUUGUGGAAAGAAGUAUAAAGACAGUGGUCAGUUGAGAGUACAUUUGAGGAUACAUACUGGAGAGACUCCAUAUGAAUGUACACAUUGUGGAAAGAAAUUUAAGGACGGUUGUGUAUUGAGAAAACACUUAAAAAUACAUACCGGAGAGAUGCCAUAUGAAUGUGAACAUUGUGGAAAGAAAUUUAGAGAUAAAUAUGAAUUGAAACGACAUUGGAGGGUACAUACAGAUGAGAAGCCAUAUGAAUGUGAACAUUGUGGAAAGAAGUUUAAAUACAGUCACCAGUUAACAAUACAUUUUAGAACACAUACGGGAGAGACACCAUAUGAAUGUGAAUAUUGUGGAAAGAAAAUCAACGAUCCUGCCUUUUUGAGAAGACAUUUGCGCAUACAUACUGGAGAGGCCCCAUAUGAAUGUGAACAUUGUGGAAAGAAAUGUAGAGAUAGUAGUACAUUGAAACAACAUUGGAGGAUACAUACAGGCGAGAAGCCAUAUGAAUGUGAAUAUUGUGGAAAGAAAAUCAACGAUCCUGGUUUUUUGAGAAGACAUUUGCGCAUACAUACCGGAGAAACCCCAUAUGAAUGUGAACAUUGUGGAAAGAAAUUCAAGGACAGCAGUGUUUUGAAAAGACACUUGAUGAUACAUACCGGAGAGACACCAUACAAAUGUGAGCAUUGUGGAAAGAAAUUUAGAGAUAGUGGGGUGUUAAAAAUUCAUUUAAGAAUACAUACAAAAGAGACACCGUUUGAAUGUGGACAUUGUGGAAAGCAGUUUAGAGAUAGUGGGGUGUUAAAAGUACAUUUAAGAAUACAUACAGCAAAGAAAGGAAUUCCAGAUCAUACUGGUAACGUCAAAAUCAGAAGAAAUUAUAUUUACUGUGCUGAAAUACGCCCUUUCAGAUGUCUUCAGUUCACAAUUUACCUCAUGAAAAAAUAAAAAUACAUGAAAUAAGAACAGUACAGUAUUAACAAAAUAUCAGCUGAAAUGGAGGUUGAGGAAAGAAGCAAACAAGAUAUGAAAUAUAAAUGUGAGCACUGUGGAGAAAAAUUUGAUUUACUUACUCUGAAGACACAUUUAGGGAUUAAGACAAAAACACAAUUUGAGUGUUUGGGGAUUAAGACAGAUAAACAAUUUGAACAAGAACAUGUGCAAUUUGAAUGUGAACAUUGUGGAAAAACAUUUAAAAGCAGUUUGUCAUUGAAAUAUCAUUUGAGGAUACAUACUGGAGAGACGCCAUAUGAAUGUGAACAUUGUGGAAAGAAAUUUAAACGCAGUGGUCAUUUGACGGUCCAUUUGAGGACACAUACCGGAGAGACACCAUAUGAAUGUGAACAUUGUGGAAAGAAAUUUAAGGACCGUAGUGGAUUAAGAAAACACUUGAUGAUACAUACAGGAGAAAAACCAUGUAAAUGUGACGAUUGUGGAAAGAAAUUUAAAGAUUUUAGUGCUUUAAAAGUGCAUUUGAGGACACAUACCGGAGAAAUGCCAUAUGAAUGUGAACAUUGUGGAAAGAAGUUUAAGGAAAAUAGGGUUUUAAAAGUACAUUUGAGUGUACAUACUGGAGAGACACCGUACAAAUGUGAACAUUGUGGAAAAACAUUUAAAAGCAGUUGGUCUUUAAAAUAUCAUUUGAGGAUACAUACUGGAGAGAUGCCAUAUGAAUGUCAAAAUUGUGGAAAGAAAUUUAGAGACAGUAGUGGAUUGAGAAAACACUUGAUGAUACAUACAGGAGAAACACCAUAUGAAUGUGAACAUUGUGGAAUGAAAUUUAGACGUAGUGGUACAUUAAAACGCCAUUGGAGGGUACAUACAGACCAGAAGCUACAUGAAUGCGAACAUUGUGGAAAGAAAUUUAAGGACGAUAGUCAGUUGACGGUACAUUUGAGAAUGCAUACCGGAGAGACUCCAUAUGAAUGCGAACAAUGUGGAAAGAAAUUUAAGUACAGUAACGAGUUGACAAGACAUUUGAGGACACACACAGGAGAGACUCCAUAUGAAUGUGAACAAUGUGGAAAGAAAUUUAAAUACAGUAACCAGUUGACAAGACAUUUUAGAACACAUACAGGAGAGACUCCAUAUGAAUGUCAACAUUGUGGAAAGAAAUUUAAGGACGGUGGUAUAUUGAGAAAACACUUGAUGAUACAUACCGGAGAGACACCAUAUGAAUGUGAACAUUGUGGAAAGAAAUUUAGAGGUAAAUAUGAAUUGAAACGACAUUGGAGGGUACAUACAGGUGAGAAGCCAUAUGAAUGUGAACAUUGUGGAAAGAAGUUUAAAUACAGUCACCAGUUGACAAUACAUUUUAGAAGACAUACAGUAUAAAGAAUAUAUUCAGUUUUUAUAUUAUAAAUAUUCAAUGUAUUAAAAAAAAUCAUUGAAAAUAUUUAUUAUAUUAUAUUAUAGAAAUCAUAAAUGUUAGAUCUUAAGUGAAAUUUUUAAUUUAUAUUAAAAAAGGUUACUCUAUUUUUUGUGUGCCGUAGUGCCUGUAUAUUUAUAUUAAAUUACUGUACUAUUUUUGUAUAGGGGUUCAUUUAUGUAAUUAAUAGAAAUUCCCCAUUUCUUCUUUUCUUUAAAUUUGAAUUUUAUUAUUUUAAUAUUUGUAAUGUGUAUCAACAUGUACUGUAAUGAAAUGUUAUGUUUAAUAUUUCUGUAUGUGUUUGAAGAAAGAAAAAAAUGGAAAUACUGUACUCUAUAUACAAAUGAAUGAAUGAAAUAGUGGGGUGUAAAAAUACAUGAAUGUGAACAAGAAAUUUAAGGAUGGUACUGUAUUGAGAAAACACUUAAUGAUACAAAAUAAAUGUGAGAAACACCAUAUGAAUGUGAGUACUGUAAUAAUAUUGUGGAAAGAAAUUUAGAGAUACAGUAGUGAGGUUCUAAAUAUACAUAAAGGAUGUCACAUUAGAAUUGAAUCCCUUUUAAGACUCAACAAAAUUUAAUCUUUCAAGCAUAUAGUUAAGGUAAUGAAAGACAUUAUUGGUUAUUUUUACCUGUUAGGUAGUAAUAUUAUUUGCAAAAUCAUACAGGUGCAACUUUCAUUCAUAUAUAACAGAUUUUCUUUUUAUUCAUUCUUUGGUUUGUUGAACACGGUAUGGGGAAAAUGAAGUACUUAUCGCAGGGCGCAUAUUGUAUUCGUGUUAAAUAAUAAUAUAUUAGAAUUUAUGUAGCACUCUUUACCAGAGUCAAGCAGCGCUUAAAACUAUGGAAAAAAUUUAAGAUGAAAUUUGAAUUGAGAAAGAGUUGGAGCAUACAGUGACGAUGACGGUGGGAAGUUGGUUCCAGAGAAACAGUGAAAAUGCAUAAAAGCCUACAAUAUUGCUGUAUCAUUAAUUACAAGUGAUGGACUGUCGGAAAACACGCAAGCAUGAGAUACUUGAAAUAUUUUGCAUGAUAUACAGAUUUCUAUAAUUUGAAUGAAUCAUGAAUGAAAUACUGUAGUUUACAUGAUCUUAAAUUUUAACUAUAAAUGAGAUCGUUUGCAUGAUAUACUGAUUGAUUCCAUGGUAUAUGUUAUGUACUAUAAAUGAGAUAGUUUGCAUCAUAUAUUGAUUGUUAUGUAUGCUGAAUUUAAUUAAUUAAUGAAAUCGUGUAUAUGAUACUGAUUGAUUUCUAUGAUAUAAAUAUAUAGUUAUUGAUAGUAAAUGAAAUUUAAAUGCAUGUGAUUAAUAGCAUUUGGUCAAAAUCAAUAUGAAUUUGAAUGUUAUUCACUAUUGGCAUGUGAUAUGUAUCUGAGAUCACUAAUAAAGAGAAUUAAUAUAUUGAGAUUCAGUAAUAAAUAAUAAUAAAUAUAUCCGUUUAUUUUCUUCA